AUGGACUCGUUCGAAUUAGAAUUUCAGCCAUGGGCCGCAGAGAAUAGGGUAUAUUUCCCUGAAAAUUGCCGCACCACGUCUUGGCGUCCUUCUGGACCGGACCGCGAGACUAUCUGUAAUAGUGGUAGCCUGCAUAUCCCGAUGAGGGAGAGGGGCACAGCCCUGGACCGGACCGCGAUGGGCACAGCGAAAAUGCCAGAAAAUAUCCAAAGCGAGAUAGAUCAGUUACCGCUGGCGGCGGUGACUAGGUCGAUGUCGAGAAGUGUGGUAGACGACGGGGAACAACCGAGUGUGGAGCCCCGAACCAAGGAUGCAACGUGGAUCAACUUUAAUUCGACGACACGCCCAUCUGCGACCCAACCAAAAACGCAGAAACCGACACGCAAGCGGAGAAAAGCCGACUCCCUCACAGCCGUCCAGCUAAAUGGCACCCCAAGCAUUGAAUUCACAGGUAACAGCGAUGGACGCCCGAACAAACUUGACGAAAUUGCAUGGCUCGUAACCGAGCUGAAAGGAAUAAUUGCACAACAAGGCCAGGCAGUAGAGACUCUCAAAACAUGCUGUGAAGAGUUAAAAGCAGACCAGAAAGAGUUAAUCAGGCAAAACUCGAGCCUUAAAGAUGAGAUAACUGCUCUGAGAGCCCAGCGGUUCGAUCCCAAAAAGCGUAUCUGUGCCGGGGAAGGGCUUAGCUACAAAUACCUGGGCCUUUAUCAAGAUUCCACAGAUGAACCGGAGGCAGAUGAGUAUUCCGAAAUUCUCGACUACCACAACGUUGACCAACCACAAGAGAUCACUGACUUGUCCUUCAACCUUGACAGAGCUGCUUCCAUGUGCUCCGGCUAA